CCUUAACAGUACACUCCAACUCCCGCCGUCAUCAUGUCCAAGCAAGAUCCCGCUGAGCAGGUUCGCUUCCUGGUGUCCUGCAUUGGCCACACCACCAAUGGUCGACCCGACUUUACUCUCGUCGCUCAGGAGCUUGGAAUUGUGACCAAGGCUGCCGCUCAGAAGCGUUAUGAGCGAAUGCUCAAGGCCAACGGAGUGAGCGCCUCUUCCAAGGCCUCGUCCAAGGCCAGUGCCGACGACGAUGUCACCACUCCUGCUUCCACUCCCGUGAAGCGCAAGCCUGCUGCUGGCGAUGCCGGCAGCGCCAAGAAGAAGGCCAAGGGUACCAAGAAGGAGGAGAGCGACGACGACAUGAAGGACGUGAAGCCGGUCGUCAGGGCCCGCGCUCCGAGGACCCCCAAGAAGGAGGUCAAGAAGGAGCCAAAGGAAGAGCCUGCCUCUCCCGCUUCUGUGCAUAGAAAACUCUUGGGAUUUGGAAACAUAUAUGGCUUAGUUGGAGAGAGGUUGAGUGCGAUAUUCGGACGUCAUGAGGCAGCAUAAUUGCCUAAACAUGU